CCUCUUUUUCUCUCUUUAUAUCAACUUUCCUCCCACAAAAUAAAACACGGUGUAAGCAAGACAAGACAAGAACAUGUCUUCAACAUUGGAUUCCGAAGCCACCGUAGUAGAAGAGUGUCGCGGUGUUCUUUACGUUUACAGCGACGGUUCCAUAGUACGCUCUUCGCGCCCAAGCUUCAACGUCCCUGUAGCCGACGACGGCACCGUUUUAUGGAAAGAUGUCGUUUUUCACCCUGCCCAUCAUCUUCAGCUUCGGCUCUACAAGCCAGCCGACUCAUCCGGUUCCAAGCUUCCCAUCUUUUUCUACUUUCACGGUGGCGGCUUUUGCAUCGGUUCACGCACUUGGCCUAAUUGUCAAAACUACUGUUUUCGUCUUGCUUCCCAGCUUCGAGUUAUAGUGGUAGCUCCAGAUUACCGGCUGGCUCCCGAGAAUCGACUCCCUGCCGCAAUCGACGACGGCUUCACGGCUUUUAAGUGGCUUCAGACUCAAGCCGCGAGUAAUGAGCCGGACCCAUGGUUGAGCAACGUGGCUGAUUUUAGCCGGGUGUUUAUCUCGGGUGACUCGGCCGGAGGGAACAUAGCUCACCAUUUGGCGGCUGGACUUGGAUACGGGUCGCCCAACUUGGCGCCGGUUCGGGUGAGAGGUUAUAUUCUAUUGGCACCUUUCUUUGGUGGAACUGUCCGAACGAAGUCAGAAGCUGAAGGAGCAAAAGAUGCUUUUCUGAAUUUGGAACUUAUUGAUAGGUUUUGGAGGCUUUCUAUUCCGAUUGGGGAAACUACAGAUCACCCUAUUGUGAAUCCAUUUGGGCCAAACAGUGAGAGCCUUGAAGGGAAAAAUCUAGAAGCAAUUCUGGUGGUGGCCGGAGGAUGUGAUUUGCUUAAAGACAGAGCAGAGGAUUAUGUUAGGAGGCUUAAGGAAUGGGGUAAAGAUAUAGAGUAUGUGGAAUUUGAAGGACAGCAACAUGGUUUCUUCACUAUUGAUCCUAAUUCAGAACCCUCAAACAAGUUGAUGUUCAUCAUCAAACAUUUCAUAGAGAAGCAUUUCGGGAAUGUUUGAACACACUCAAACUCUUCUGCAACGUCUUAAAAUUCUCACCAUCAACCAUCCUUUGCCCUAAACUUGUGUUAAAUUGCUUUUCUAAUAAAACUUUCUCCUUCUAAAAGUUAAUGUCUAUGUUUGUGACAGUGGCAGUAGAGAAUGAAUGAAAAUAUAAAAAUAUCGUUUUCUUGUUUAA